CCGGCAUUCGGUUAAAAACAAUCAGUUUUCUCAAAACUAACUUUUGUUUAAACAAUACCACGUCAUUAUUCCUAGAUUCUUAGUCAUUUACCGUCACGGUUCACCCACCCAAAGCGAUCAAGAUGUUGUUCGGUGCUGUAAUCGCUCCUGGUAACAGUGUUACCCCAAAGAAUGAGUUGGCCAAUAUUGUUCACCUCUCUCAAGUAUGCCUCAACGAGCCAAAAAGUGACGAGAAAACCUAUGUUCAAUUGGUUGACGGUGAUAAGGUGUACAACGUAUGCUCACUCCAAAAGGACGUUCAUGAACAUGCCACUGUUGAUGUCUUCUUCUCAACUAUGGGUGGCUUGAAAUUGACCACCAAGGGUGGAGCGAACGAAGUCCACAUCAUUGGCUACUUCGAGCCAGAGGACAAUUCUUUCUUGUCUAGCUCUGAGGAAGAUGAGGAUGACGAAGAAGAGGAAGAAGAAUCUGAAGAUGAGCAACCAGCUUCUAAGCGUAAGGCCUCCGGAAAAGGUUCCAAGAAGUAGUUUUGGGUCAUGAGAUAACUUGAUAGACACCUUAACGUACAUAUGUAAUAUUCUUUUGUGUC